CAGAUAUUCAAGUCUGACAGCUUCCGAGCUCGACUGCUCUGCCUGGUCGAUUAGCUCCGUCUGCGCGUGAAACCAGUGCGUGUGUGAGAAGGAGAGCAUCGAUCGAUCAAUCAGUCAGGUGUGAAGAAAUAAAAUGCAGGUGCAGCAGAGAAGAAAGGUAUGAGGCUCUUGUUGGAGAAGCUGAGGAUUGUGGGAGUUGUGGUGCAGGUUUUCCUUCUUCUUUUGUCUGACAGCAGCAGGAUGUUUGGCACUGUGCUGCUCUGCUGUUGGUCCUUCGGUCUGCUGCCGCUCGCCUCCUCGCUGGUCCAUGGAAACUUACCGCUCAAUGAAGGUCCUGUCAGUGGACGCCGCACUGAAAGCUCCUUCCUAUCUGAAAUCGAAAGAAGCCAAGUACCUGACCGCAUGGAUGAGCCUGCCCUCCUCCCUGUGGACUCUGUAGAAGAUCAUUUUUUGAUGGAUACAGGCUCCUAUGAUGAGGACACGUCUGCAGCCUUACAGCUGCAGGGUCGGGCCAUGCGUUCACCUCGUCGCUGCAUCCCUCACCAGCAGUCCUGUUUGGGCUACCCACUUCCCUGUUGUGACCCCUGUGACACCUGCUACUGCCGCUUCUUCAACGCCAUCUGCUACUGCCGCCGAGUUGGCCACGUGUGCCCACCAAGACGCACCUGAUAACAAGCUGCUGUGAUGAGAAGCGAAGGCAGAAACUCGUACUGCAAAUAUGAUCUGUGAUCUUUUUGUUCCGUGUUGGAUUAAAUGUGCUGUAAUAAAUAACUGAUGAGGACAGUGUGUGUAAUCAUAUCAGUGUAACCUGAAGACGUGAAAACACAUUUCUAUAUAUAUAUAUAUAAAUGUAUAUGAAUUACUGAAUGAAGAAAGACAGAGAAAUCUAUGUGUAGACUGUGCUCUAAUCCUGUGAGGAAGUCAAAAAGUGAUGCCCACAAUCAUAACCCUUAACUAUAUCUCAUUCUUAUUAAUAUGUCUUUCUUUAACAAUCAAGGAACAUAAAAUAUUUGGUGUUUGGCCAUAAAAAGUAGUUGUUAUUCGCUGCUUCCAGUAUUUAUGUAUAGCUAGGCCAACCUGAUUCUGGUGCUGCUGAACACCAGUCAAGUCCAACGUGAUAAAACUCUGGAGUUCACCACACUUCAUUCACCGAAUGCUCGAUGUCUUAAAAUGAAUUUCUACAGAAGAGUUUACAUGUUGGACCAUUUGUCCAUUUCUUUCAAUGAAUACAUUAAUAAUGUUUUCUUUAAUAUUUGUGAUCAUUUGUCUGGUCUCAUAAUAAAAAGAUGAAGAUGAAUAUUAAGGAGAAAAAGACACAUUCACGAGCAGGUCAGUUUCAGAGUUUCCGUGUUUUAUUGAGGAUUAGCUUGAUGCUGAAACCUCUCAUAUGUGACAUGCUCAGUUGGCAGCGAUGGUCUGGUCGAUCCAGGCACGCAGCUUGGUGACACGGGCAUACACUCCGGGAGUGGAGGUAGAGCAAGUUGAGCUUCCCCAGGACACAAUACCAACCAGAGUCCAGGCUCCAGAUUUCUCACAGACCA